AAGAGCGUCAUAGUUCUCUCCUGUCGUUAGAUCAGCUCGAUUGUAGUUGUGACUGAAUAACUAACUUACUUGACUCUAGUUGAACGAUUGACACUUAUUGUUUCCGGAAUUAUCCCAUUUCGUAUGAAAAAUUGAACGAAAUUAUUUUCAGUGUACGAUAAAGAUUAAGAGUUCUAAUUACUGGAGCCCAAUUGUACAGUCUAAGUCAGAUUCCUGUUGACGUUAUCCUAAGCCCGAAGAGUGAAUGUAAAAGCGGUACGAUCCUAACGUUGGUUUUCCCAUUAAGUAGAUUUUCCAAGGACGAAAAGCACGAAGUUUCUUUUUCCUUACACAAAAGAAACACAUAUAUUGUCAGCAUGCCGAUGCGAGUGCAGAAUCCGCUGCAACGCGGUGCUGGAGCUCCCGCUCCAGGCACCGUUGUUCCUCGCUUGAACCCCGAGAGCCGACUGCUGUUGGGCCCGGGGCCGCAGAAUGCGGACCCGCGGGUGCACGCGGCCAUGGCGUUGCCCCAGAUCGGUCACAUGGACCCCGACUUUCUGCGCAUCAUGGAGGACAUCAAGAUGAUGCUGCGAUACAUGUGGCAAACCGAGAACGCCUUCACCGUUCCUGUGUCAGGUACAGGCUCCGCGGCAUGGGAGGCCGCGAUCGCGAACUUGACCGAGCAAGGGGAUAAGCACUUGAUCUGCGUGAACGGCUACUUCGGGGAGCGCGCGCUGGACAUGCACAGCCGGUUCACCGAUGUUGUCGAGAAGAUCCAGAAAAACUACGGCGAGCCCUUCACGCCGGAGGAAAUUCGAGCGGCCCUGGAGAAGCACAAGCCCAAGUUGAUGUGGCUCUGUCACGCUGAAACGAGUACAGGCAUGCUGCAGGACCGCGUGGGCGAAAUCGGGAAGCUGUGUCGCCAGCACGACUGCCUCCUCAUGCUCGACACGGUCACCUCGAUCUGCGGAGCCCCUAUCUACCUGGACGACUGGCGCGUGGACGCGGCGUACGCGGGUGGACAGAAGUGUAUGGGCUGCCCGCCGGGUAUCUCCGCGCUCUCGCUUGGGCCGCGCGCGUUGGCAAAACUCGAGAAUCGCAAGGGGAAAGUGAAGAGCUGGUACUUGGAUAUGAGCAUGAUCAAAAAGUACAUGAUGGAUACGCCGGCACCCGCUGCGGGUGGAGGGCAAGCGGCCCCGCCAGCACGCGUGUACCACCACACCGCGCCGAUUUCGAUGGCCUACGCUAUGCGCGAGGCGCUCACGAACGUCGCGGAGGAAGGGCUAGAAAACUCCUGGGCUCGGCACCAGAAGACCGCUGCCUACUUCCGCAAAGCCGUCACUUCUCCGGAUUUUUUGCCCACGAAGAACGGACAGCCACUGAUGAAGCCGUUGGAACUGCUGCCCUUGGCGUCCCAGAACCAGCUCCCCGCUCUGACCCUCGUGAAAGUUCCUGCUGGUAUCGACGGAAAGCAGGUGGUCAAGCAGAUGCGCGAGGAAUUCGAGAUUGAAAUCGGCGCUGCGCUCGGCCAGUUUGCGGGUAAGUACUGGCGCAUCGGCUUUAUGGGCUACAACUCGAGCGCCCGUGCCGUCGCCGCGUGCCUAUCCGCCCUACGAAAGUGCAUCGACGACCAAGCAAACGCCCAAGACGCUUCUACUCGCAACAAGGAUGCCGUCCGUAGCGCACAGGUUGCCGACCCUGGAGCUUUCGCUGCUGCUGGCCGCUCUAAGCUCUAGACAGGUUGCUGUUCUUAUUCUGAGGUGAAGACUUGCAAGUAUUUUCUGUCUUCAGCCAGGCUUCAUUAUUACCUUUUCUCUGUUUGUGGGUUUAUUUGGUGAACCGGUACCCCAUAGCGAAUAAACCUGUGCACACAACCAGAGAGCUGAGCACUCACCGGAGGCGUUGCGCAGGGCUCCGGCCUGCCUUUGGAGGUGAGGCCUAUGGGGCUGACAGGACGACGAUAGCGCCGGGGCUUAAUUAGUUUUAGCAGAUAGCAGGAGGCUUCAGGAUACUGGUUGAUACUUACCCUUUUCUCUUUUCUAUCGUCCUCUGGUCUUUCUUUUUUCUAGUUAGGUCGGCUCCGCCACAAUAUUAUGCUAGAUUAGUAUAAUUGAUUAAAAGGGCGGUAGCAUAUAGUCCUAUGGAAAAAAAAAACACGUCCGCACGUCUCGGGCUACCGCGCUUCGCCCCCUGAUCGAUUGAUAGGUAAUGGAAAGCAUUUUCUUAAUACAUAGUGAACAUACAACUGAUGACCACACACAAUGAAAAUAUAUAAUAGAAGCUGCAUUCCAUUAACUGGACUGCUUUGCAUUGGGG